AUGUUUCAUGUGAAAAUCCCUGCUGUGUCGAGACAAUCAAUUCGUUGUGUUACGUACCUUCAUAAAGGCAGCAGAGUUCGUGGAUUAAAAAGAGAUCCUGAAGAAUCGUUGAAAAAUCCAAGUGGUCUACACUACGAAGAAGUUGAUCCCUCGAAGCAUCAAGCGUUAGUUAGAAAAGUGUUCAAGUUAGAAGAGCAUGGUCUUGAGUUGCCUGAUGAUGUGAUUUUACAGUGCUUGACACAUAAAUCGUUUGCUCAAGGUUCUAAGCCAUACAAUGAGAAGCUGGCUUUGUUGGGUGCGCAUUUUUUGAAACUACAAGCUUCUGUUCAUUACCUGAGGGAGCCCCAGUUAUUGAGUAGAGUCAAUCCCAAAAAUAUUCAAGAGAAUAUAAACGGUUUAAAUUUUACGAAUCUGGGAACGCAAGCGGGCAAGCUGGUGAUCUCUAAAUUUGUAACAUCAGAGUUUGUGAGAUUAAAGCAGAUUGAUAAUCUUAUCUUUUGGAACAAGAGGGAUUCUUUACAAUCAGAGAAGUUUAAUGGUGAACAUACCGUACGCACCACAGUGUUGAACGCUUUAAUCGGUGGUACUCUAAUGUUCAAUGGUGAUGAGAAGGCCGCAAGGUUUUUGGAAGUGGAGCUAUUCGAUCCUACAAAAGAAUCAAGUUUGGUUUCGAUUUCCAAGCCCAUGCUACCAGAGUGA